AUGCCCCCUGGCCCUGCACAUGCCGGUUACCCGGACUGGGCCUGGGCUGGAAAGACAAAGCCACACCGCCAGCGGACAACAGCUAAUUCGCAAAAGAAGCCCAUGCUGCCCAUGCUGAUGCAUCAUGUUGGGGGACUUGAAACGGCAGCUGUCGCUCAGGUUGAUCCUCUUCCUGGCCUUGUCCAUGGUGCUCGUGGCAUUCAUGAGCGUAAUAUCUCAGCUGAGCACCCAGUCCGCAAUCAGAUCCUGAUCCUUGAAUGGGCUUCCUUAGCGACUUCAUUCUGUCUAAAAGUUGCUCAGUUCGACAUGGCUUACAUGUGCGGACAAUGUAAGGAGAUAAUUCGAAAGACAUCGACGAUGGAAUUGUGGAAGCGCCAGGUUUCGCCCAGAGUGUCUACUGGUUUGACGUCAAUGUACUGGAGCCUCGACUUUCGUGCCCCAUUGCUUUGCACGCUGAAUGCUGUGACAUCCCGCGUGAUGUCUCAGGAUCCAUUGGUGAUCGUGAUGGGGCUCGCCAACUUUGUGGUCUUUGCUGCUGGAACCGAGCUGCAGCAUGACCCGGAGGCAGUCCAGGAAGAACGAAGAACGCUCAUCAAGCUUGCGAGGAUAUACGCGUGUAUCUAG